AUGACAUCGACCUAUCGGCAUCUCGUGCUCCGGCGCCGGGUGGUAGGUGAUAACGACGACGACGUCGAGUACAGCUACGCCGAGGCCUCGGACCCCGACACGCUCCUCCCCCUUUCGACGGAAGCCGCCUCCGUCCCCGACAUCUCCGGCAGCGGCCUGCCCCACUCGCUCAACAUAUCCGUCGAGACACUCCGGCGCACGGGGGAGGCAUGUGCCGUUGCUCCGCCCGUACACGCGCACACGACGAUCGACUACAUCACCGUCGGCGAGGGGCAGCCCCCACCCGUGGUGUACCUCCCGUCCACGGGCAGCAAGUAUGUCCUGCACGUGCAGGCGGUAGUUAAUAAACCCAUCGCGAGCCGGCUGCCCUUCGACAGCCAGCUGCGCUUCGCGAGUGCCGAUACGAGCAUCCAAGACGCCGUCAUCGCGAUCCACCUCGACGGCGAGACGUACCACAUAGUUCCGAACUUCCGGGACAACUUCCGCGCCUUCCUCGACAGCGCGCUCCUCAAGCUCGCGCGCAUCUUCGGCAAGACGGGUAGCCUGACCUUUGUCGGCUUGAGCGGGGGCUUCUUCCCGAUCCUCCGGCGCGCCGGGUUUGACGCGUGGGCAGCGAGGUACGCCAAGAUGAUGAAGACGACGGGUAACUUUCGCUUCCUCACCAUGCCCGAGUGGCGUGCCGAGCUGCUUGAGCGGGCAAGCGUCGAGGCAGGAGGGGACGGGCUUGUCCCUGGCGCAGAUGUUGACAUCGACCCCCGCGGGAACAGACUCAUCCCCGACGUCGAUUUGCAAGCAAACUGGCACGACGACGCCAGCGCCUUAGUCCACUGCGUCAUCCGCGCCGACUUCUCAGGCGAGACCACCCGUGCGCUGCUGUACCCCCGCUUCGAGCCGAACGGCGAGGCGACUUCGGAGCCGCUCCCCUUCCGACCAGAGGAUGUCGAGGUCCUCGACAUACGCCGCGAGCUGCCCAUCCUCCCCGCCGAAACCCUCGCAAAGUUCACCCAGCUGCACCUUCUCCGCCGGCUGGACAUUGCGGCAUGGUACCCCGCCCCUCAGCCCUUCCCCUCCAGCGUACACACCGUCAUCGACUUUGUGGCGCCGUACCUCGGCCGCGCGACACCCCCAGUGCUCUGGCUGCCGCCAAAUACGCGGCGGUACGUGCUCACCCUCUCGGCACCGGACGGCAAGGUCGUACCCACCCUCACCCCCGAGCUCGCGGAGGGCAUCUUCGCGCCGCUCGCCGACACGCCGACGCUGCGCCAGGCCGUCGUUGUGCUCUCUCCCUGGUGGGUGAAGCGGAAGGGUUGGAAGAAGUUUGGCGCGUCUACGGCGUACGGCGGGGUCGUUGGCGCUAUUGCGGGACACCUGGCGAAAGCUCUCGCCGGCGACGAAGGGCUGUCGCUCACGGUCGCUGGUGUCGCUCCAGUCGAUUGGACAGAGGGCGACGGACACCCCGAUGAGGAGCAUGGGGAGUAUCUCCCUUCCCAGCUGUGGCAGCUGCUCCGGACCAAGUGGGAGGAGGCGGGGCUGUCGGCCGAGGACAGCCAGAAGGCGGAAGCUGCGACGCGCUUCAUCACGCGCGGGGCGUGGCUCAAGGAGAUUGGGGUGAGGAAAAAGUUUGAGGUGUUGUAG